CAUCUUACAGGAACCACACAUCAGGAGUAUAUAUCCACACACUAGUUUUCAAAAACAUUUACACACAUAACCAAAAAAACCACAAAACACACACAGUAAUACAAAAAUGGAGAAGAUACAACACAAGAUGGUAGCAGUGAACGACAUAAACAUGCAUGUAGCAGAGCUUGGCACAGGGCCAACGAUCCUCUUCAUCCAUGGCUUCCCAGAGCUCUGGUACACCUGGCGACACCAGAUUCUCUAUCUCGCCUCACAUGGUUACCGUGCUGUGGCACCCGAUCUCCGUGGCUACGGUGACACCACUGGUGCUCCAGUCUCCGAUCCCACCAAGUUCACCACCCUUCAUGUGGUUGGAGAUCUGGUGGCGCUCAUCAACACCGUGGUGGCCCCGGGCGAGGACAAGGUGUUCGUAGUUGGACAUGACUGGGGUGCAAUGAUUGCCUGGGCUUUAUGUCUUUAUCGGCCAGAUAAAGUAAAGGCCUUGGUGAAUAUGAGUGUUCCUUUCAGUCCAAGGAAUCCUAAGUUCAAACCUAUCGAUGGACUUCGUGCUCUCUAUGGAAACGAUUACUACAUCAUCAGAUUUCAGGAACCUGGAGAAAUCGAAGGUGAAUUUGCGGUAUGGGGUACAGAUAGAGUAUUAAAUAAUUUCUUUAAUUAUCGCAAACCUGCCCCCCUUUUUCUACCCAAGGGUGUUGGGUUCGGAACCUCACCUGAUGAUCCUAUAAUCUUGCCUUCAUGGAUGUCCAAAGAAGAUCUUGAAUACUACACAAGCAAAUAUGAGAAAACUGGCUUCACCGGAGGUCUAAACUACUAUCGAGCUUUGAACUUGAACUGGGAGCUAACUGGCCCAUGGACCGGAGCUCAAGUGAAGGUACCUGUUAAGUUCAUCGUGGGUGACCUUGACCUGACCUACAACUCGAUGGGUGCUAGAGACUAUAUAGAAAAAGGAGGGUUUACAAAAGAUGUGCCUCUUUUGGACGAAAUUUAUUGGUUCACAAGAAAACGGAGAGAAAAUGAUGGAUAUGGUUGUAGAUCUGGUGGAGUGACGGUGGAGGAUAAAGAAGAUGAUAUCGUCAGAAGAGGUGGAUCUCGGGUAGAAAUCACACAUCUGGAUGACGACGACAGUGCAAACUUGGAUUCCGGCGAGGUGGACAUCGGCAACAGCGGCGAUGGCGGCUAA